AAAGCGUGUUACUCCACGAGCAAAAGCGCAGAACUAAGCAUUCUUUUCCAGUUAUACCCAAAACCCUGCAUCUCUGAGCAUCAGCUGUAAUCUGCCCAUGUCCAUUCGCCUCUAUUUUUGAAUUUUACAGCAACGAAAAGAAGCGAAAGGAGCAGAAGGAGAAAGACAAAUGGUGAGUAAAAGGCAAAGAUUGGCCAGAAAACGCUAUAAAGAAGAACACCCGGAGCUUUUCCCGACGCCGCCGAAAGAACCCAGCAAGAAGAAGAAGAAGAACAGCAAGUUCAAGCGCAAGAAAUCGGAUUCAAGUGAUCCCAACAAGCCCAAGAAAUCGUCAUACAAGAAGCAUCCACUUAGGGUUGCUGGGAUGAAACCUGGUGAGAGCUGCUAUAUAUGCAAAGCGCCGGACCAUAUUGCCAAGAAUUGCCCCAAGAAAUCUGAAUGGGAAAGGAACAAGAUCUGUUUGUUCUGUCGACAACGCGGCCACAGUCUUAAGAACUGCCCCAACAAAAACAAUGAGUCAAUGGACAAGAAAUUGUGUUAUAAUUGUGGAGAAAUGGGGCAUUCCCUGUCUAAUUGCCCUCAACCUCUUCAAGAUGGAGGAACGAGAUAUGCUAGUUGCUUUAUAUGUAAAGAAUCUGGGCACUUGAGUAAAAACUGUCCCAAGAAUACCCAUGGAAUUUAUCCAAAGGGCGGAUGCUGUAAAGUUUGUGGUGGUGUAACGCACCUAGCCAGAGAUUGUCCUAAUAAACGCAGCAGAACUUCUGAUGCAGCUGUUGAAGUUCAAGAACGGCCUAACCGAGUCAUCAAGUUCGCCAGUGGGGAUGACCUUGAAGACGACUUUAUAUCUGUUGUUCCACUCGACGAAAAGGACAAAGAUGUAAAGACCAACAAAAAACAGGGACCCAAAGUUGUUAAUUUUGUUGCUUGGUGUGGACAGGCGAAUUCGGCGUCUGGAAUGGCCGUGCAAGAUGAGUGUAAGCUCAAGUUCCAAGAAUUAAAAGCAAAGAGGAACUAUCGUUUCAUCAUCUUCAAGAUCCAGGAACAACAGGUGGUGGUGGAGAAGCUUGGCGAGCCUGGUCAAAACUAUAAUGAUUUCACACGCGCUCUCCCUUCUGAUGAGUGUCGUUACGCUGUCUUUGAUUUCGACUUCAUCACCAACGAAAAUUGCCAGAAGAGCAAGAUUUUCUUCAUUGCCUGGUCACCAGAUUCAUCAAGCGUGAGGAUGAAGAUGGUGUACGCAAGCUCAAAGGACAGGUUCAAGAGAGAGCUAGACGGGAUUCAAGUUGAAUUACAAGCAACAGAUCCCAGUGAAAUGAGCUUGGAUAUCAUAAAAGAGCGUGCUUACUGAAAUACCAUUCUCAAUUUCAUCCUUUGAGAUUGAAAUUCAGAGCACUUAUGAUUCUCAUCUUGGUAGCUACUGCAUAUAUUGAUCUGUAGUAUAACAGUCUUGUUUGGUUAAUUGUAAUACUGUGCAUUAUUGUUUGUAAUCUUCUUCCAAGAUUUUAAUAAUUGUCCUCUACUCCAGCUAAGCA